ACUUUUUUCUUUGAAAGGCAUUUGCAUGUUUGGUGAUAACUGUUGGUAUUCUCAUCCAAACGCUAAAGAGGAUGUUCAUUAUAUAUCUCAAUCUAGUAAUGAAGAGCAGAAUACUGGUCCUACCCAUCAACGGACAAGGGGUCUGGAUAUUUUUCCCGCCGCGAGAAGUCUUCAAAAUUUCAACACCAGUUUAAAUGGUGAGGCAUCUCUUUGUGGUGAAUCAGAUUUACGCGAAUGGAUAAAUGCACCUGAAUUCGUGCCGGCAAACAACAAAUAUUUAGCCACUUCUUCGAAAUCAAAUGACAGUGGUGAUAGUUCACAAAAUGAGCAGACUUCUGAAUCAUCAGCUAAACUGGAUAUGGAAUUCUGCCCACAUUUCUUUGAUGGUAUUUGUCCAUUCGACGAUUGCCCAUGCAUCCACGGAGAGUUAUGUGAACUGUGUCAAAGAUAUUGCUUGGAUCCUUUUGAAGAAAAGCAGCGAGGUCUUCAUAUUGCAGUCUGUAGGCAUGAGCGAGAAACGGAUAUUCGACGUGAUUUGUCUUGUGGUAUAUGUUUGGAUAUCGUAAUGGAAAAAGAUCGAGUUGCAGACCGUCGGUUUGGUAUUCUCGAGAAUUGCAAUCACGUGUUUUGUUUAUCCUGCAUUAUUAAGUGGAGAAAAGUGCGAAAUUCUCAUGAGGAAGAUUUAAUAGAUCCUGCUGUUACUCGUGCUUGUCCCGAAUGUAGAGUGCCGUCUAGAUUUUGCAUAACCAGUAAGAAAUGGGUUCAUUCCGAAGGGGAAAAGGAGAUAUUAAUUGCUGACUAUAGAAAGUCUUUGAGCACAAAACGUUGUAAAUAUUUCAAAAACGGUAAAGGAAUUUGCCCCUUUGGUGAAGAGUGUUUUCAUCUUCAUGCAAUGCCUGUUAUUCCAUCAGUAGCUGUCCAGAAAAGUCGCUUUAAUAAUAGAAUGUUUAGGAACUCAAGAAGAUGGUGAAUAUUUUGUAAUCUGCAAUGUGCCAUGAAGAUGAUGGUACAUGAAAGUACUGAUAGCGCGUUUGUAAAAAGUGCAACAUUUGUUUAGAUUUAACUGUGCAGGAAUUUUUUAUUAUGUUCCGUUGAAAUUCUCUCUUCAAGUGCUGAUUUUAUUCAUGUUUGCUGCAUUUGACAAUUGUAACUGCGAAAUGUUUUUUUUUAAUUAUUUUUUAAUUGCUUCCUUUAUUUUAACUUUAAUCGUCGCUUCUAGUACACAUGUUUUGAAUUUAUGUUUUUCUAUAAGUACUUUCUUUUAGUUACUUUGAGUGUAGAACCUAUUAAUGUGAGUCCUAUUUAAUGAAUGAU